AUGAACCACCAUCCUUCUCUGUCCCCUCGCAACUCGCGACACUCAGGCUUCAUCCCUCUCGGCGGUGGUAAUAGCAACCGCGACAUGACGGACGGCAUCCAACUCACGCCGGUCAAGAGCAACGCCUCCAACACCGGUCACAGAAAGGCCGAGAUGCCUCACCCUACCAGCUUCGACAGCGCCUCUGUUCACGAGAAUGAAAAGUCGGGCCAUCACCAUGGACAUCGCGGGCGCCGGCGCAAGGACGGCGAGACUCAGCUCUCGCGUAGUAACACUGGCGAUGAGGCCACCUCCCUGAACGCUAUGGGCCGACUGUACAACAAGAUCAUCGGCUUCUCCGUUGUUACCCGAUACCUCGUCUACGUUGUACCUGUUGGUCUGCUCCUCGCCAUUCCGCUCAUCGUCCUGUCCGCCAUAGGCGAGAAGAAUGGGCUUGCUGUUGGCAAAUUUAAGGGUGGAAAGAACGACGGCAAGCCCGGCCCUCCUCUGUUCAAGAUCUUCCUCUGGAUUGAAAUCAUGUGGCUCUCGCUUUGGGUGGCCAAGGUCGUCGCCUGGUUUCUUCCCGCUAUCUUCAUGUUCUUUACCGGAGUUGUGAGCAAGGGUACCCGAAAGUAUGCGACUGUCCUCGGCAACCUCAUCCUCCCAUUCUCCUUCUUCUUCUGGGCUCUGGCUUCAUACGUCACCUUCAAGAACCUGUACAGGGAUGAGGACAAGAGCGACACGUUUGUGCCAUGGUGCCAGACGAUGGGUCGCGUUCUGGGUGCCCUGUUUGUCUCCUCGGCUGUCUUCCUCGGCGAAAAGGCCAUUGUCCAGCUCAUUGGUAUUUCUUACCACCAGCGAUCUUUUGCCAACCGUAUCAAGGCCUCUAAGCGCGAGGUUCACCUUCUCGGACUUCUCUACGAUGCCUCUCGCACUCUCUUUCCCAUGCACUGCCCAGAAUUCGCCGACGAGGACUAUAUCAUCAACGAUAGCAUUGAGAUGAUGCUGCGAGGCAAGAAGGGACACAAGCGGGCUGGUUCCGCCACCCCUAUGAAGCUUAUCGGAGAAGUUGGCCGUAUUGGAGACAAGGUUACCUCUGUCUUUGGCAACAUUGCCUCCGAGAUUACUGGCAAGAGCGUGUUUAACCCCAACUCGGCUCACUCGAUUGUUCUUGAAGCUCUUGAGAAGACCCGAAGCUCUGAGGCCAUGGGUCGUCGUAUCUGGAUGUCCUAUGUCGUUGAGAACCACAACUCACUCGUUCUGGAGGAUUUCCAGGAAGUUCUCGGACCUGCAUACAAGGAUGAGGCUGAAGAGGCGUUCUACAUGAUCGAUGGCGACGAUAACGGCGACAUCAGCCUCGAUGAGAUGGUCCGAAAGGUUGUCGAGAUUGGCACAGAGAGAAAGGCAAUUGCCGAGGGUAUGAAGGAUAUCGGUCAGGCUCUGCGAGCUUUCGAUAAGAUUCUCCUUUUCGUCGUGCUUCUGAUUGUUGUCUUCAUUUUCCUUGCCUUCUUCCAGAGCAGUUUCAUUGCAACUCUGACUACCGCGGGAACUACGCUCCUCUCGCUUUCUUUCAUUUUCGCUGUCACGGCUCAGGAGUUCCUGGGUUCCUGCAUUUUCCUUUUCGUCAAGCACCCGUAUGAUGUUGGUGACCGCGUUGACAUCAGUGGUACCAAGAUGGUUGUCAACAAGAUCUCCCUCCUCUACUCUGUUUUCCACCGCCUCGAUACUAUGCAGACGGUUCAGGUGCCCAACAUUCAACUCAACAACAUCUGGAUCGAAAACAUCUCUCGCAGCAAGGCCAUGCAUGAGACUGUCGAGGUUAACGUCUCCUUUGAUACGUCUUUCGAGGAUAUUGAGCUGCUCCGAUCCGAGAUGGAGAAAUUCGUUCGACAGCCUGAGAAUGCUCGCGACUUCCAGCCUAACCUCAGCAUUAGCGUCGGUGGCGUUGGCGACCUGGACAAGCUGCUUCUCUAUGUCACCAUCUCGCACAAGUCCAACUGGCACAACGAUUCCGUGCGGGCCAGCCGUCGUUCCAAGUUCAUGUGUGCGCUGGCGCUCGCUCUGAAGAAGGUGCCUGUCAACGGUCCUGGAGGUGGCGGUGAGCCCCUUGGUGGGCCGACCAACCCCUCAUACUCUGUUGCCGUUACCGAUGAAUUUGCCAGCAAGAGUCGUGCGGAUGCAGACAAGGCCAAGGAUGAGGCCCGCAUGGUGCCUUCAAGCAAGCAAGAGCACAGCGAGGAGAGCGAGACGCAGGCCAUGCAUGACUUCAACUCUCGCCCCCCUGCCGCCGGCGUUGGUGCCUGGGACAACAGCGACAACCACACUCUGGGAUCGAACGAGGAUCAUCAUCGCUCCAGGGAUAUCGAGACCCUCCGCACUGAUCUCAAGCGUGAGAGCACUCGCGGCCGCCGCAAGGCUGGCGAGGGCGUGCCACAGCUGUCUUUGGAGACGGCGCCCCGGCCCAGCAUUUCGAUGACGCAGCCCAGCCCUCGUAGCAUGCAUAGUCCCUUCGACGAGGAAGCCGAGACCGGCAUGGGCGCGACGCCUUACCACUCUAACCUCUCUGCCGGUCCAUCUCAGGGCUCCCAGGGAUACCAGCCAUACUUGGGAGGUGCUAGCAGCAGCAGCCACAUCCAGACCAACGUCCAGCAUCCCCUGCAAGGCGCCAGGUCCCAGCAAGGACCACCUCAAGGCCCUCCUCCCCAGGGACCACCCCCAGCUCCUCAGCGCUAG